AGCGUAGUCGCAUCUAGCCUCGCUAGCCGAUGGAACGCCGCACCAGAUGACCAGGACAUACUCGAAGCGCGUCCGCCGGAAAUUCGCACCUUAGGGUCAGGCCGACUCGUCCAUGAAUGGAGCUCAACAUGACCGCGAGCUGCCCGAGCUGAGCAACAACCAAAUUGAAACACUUUACCAAAUCUGUGUAUCGGCCUCGAGAUCUGCCAGUCCGCCAAUCAAGGCGCUCUUCACCGAAUACGAUGCAUAUGUUGAAGAGCAAGGCCUGGAUCCGGGCCAUGAGAACGCGCUAUUUCGCUGGAUAUGCUCCAUCGGCGACAGCACGCGACAGCAGCAUGGAUUGGGACAGUCGAUUGAUCUGGUGCGCGGGUUGAGGAGUGUGCUUGCCGCGCAAGGUAUCGAAACUAUAUUAGAUGAUGAACCAGAAGACGAAACGCAAUCACUGCGCGUUUCCAAUACACCACCUAGGAAAAGGGACUCGAGACCGGAAAGACGCGUCUCCUUUGGCGAUGCGCAUGUGGAGGAGACGUGGUUGAGCGAGCACACAGAGUCGCUUCGACCACUUCCGGCGCCAGUGCAGAAUGGGUUGCUCAGCAAGCCACCACGCAGCGGUAGAGAGCCAAACCGCACACAGCGCGCGAGAUCAACGAGCAGUUCGUAUGUCUAUGAAGCACGACGGCCUUCGCCGGAGCACCGUCAACCCCGAUUUGAGGACCCCAAGAACUCGACGCUGGUGUUUGAAGUGUCACAGACCCAACUUGAGCAGAAUGCUGAAGCCUUCUACGCGACCAGCGAAUGGCGGACAGUGCGGCGUCUCUUUCAUAUCUGGCAUGACCAAGCGCUGGCAUUGCAGAGUCAGCACAUGCAAGCCUGGACAUUCGCCGUCAACCAUGAUCGGCGCAAGCUACUCAAAGAGUCGUUCGACACACUAGUUGUACUGUGCGAGGAGCGCAGACUGGAGCGAGAACGAGCUCUACAAGCACAACGAUGGGAGGAUGAACAGCAAGCUCGCGAGCGCGAUCGAGAAGCUGACCUUGAACGCAGACUGCAAGCAUACAAGCAGCAGCGUGAUGAGCACUAUGUGUGGAAAGCGUUCAGCAACUGGCACGAGUCCCUACAAUAUCAGAGACGGUGUCGCGAUAUUGUCAAGGAGAGCAUUCUGAAAAACAGAUACUUCCACAGGUGGCGCAAGCUGACUAUUGAGAAUGCUACGAAGUCACGCAGCAUAUUGACCCAGAAGUACCUGGACUUGUGGAGAGCCCAGACUGCUCAACGCAUGCUGGAUCACAAGCAAGCUGAAGCUCACUAUCAAGAGACUUUGACCAUGCGAUGCUUCCAACGCUGGUUCUGGGAUUUCUGUGCCCUACGCGUGGAGCGCUGGCGCGACCAGAGCCUGCAGCGCAAAGCCUUUGAUACAUGGACUGCCAAAGUGGAGAGCCACCGGACUCGAGAAGACCAAGCUACAAGGUUCCGACAUCAGCGACUAUUGCAAUCAGCAUUGCGGACUAUGUCGCAACGCAAAAAUGAGUUAGAACUGGCCUCUCAGACUGCAGAAAGCCUGGCUCGGCGAAAGCUGACCGCACGCUGCUUUGACGCUCUAGAGAUGCGGGCGAAGUUAACACCCCGCGAGAAGAUUUUGACACUCAGGAUCAGCUUAAAUUUGAAGCGGAAAGCUUUCCAAGUCUGGAAUCUACAUUUCACCUUAUCCCGACAAGCUGUGGUGGUUGAUCGGAAGCGCAUUCUGCAAUCUACCUGGACUAGCUGGAAUGAUGCUCUUCGAUGCAAAGCACUUGGUCAGCGUAUUGACGAGCGUAUCGCAGUUGAGAACUUGUAUAGGUGGGCUUUGCAGGCCCGCCUCAAGUCGUUCCAGCGUGCGCAGAAUGAGAAGUUGAUGCGACGGACCUUCAAUGGAUGGGCUUCCAGGCUGUUGGAGCAGGACGCCAUCCUCUUGCAGGCAAGCAUUGAGUUCGAGACCAACCAGCGAUGGAGACUCAUGCGCUUUGGCAUGACCAGCUUAAAUCGAGCAAUGCGGCAGCGUGAAGAUGCAGAACGGGCGGCUGUGGAGUUCGCUAACAGUCGAGCACUGCCUAGGGCCCUUGUUGUCUGGAAAGAGAGCUCCGAGCACGCACGUAUGCUUGCCAAGUGGGCAUCUGAUGCUCGGUUCUAUGUGCUUGCAACUCGAACGUUGAAGCUGUGGCGAGAACGGACCAGCGAGCAUAAACAUCAGCGUCGACGCGAUGCAUAUGCUCAAGUACGGUCGAGAGUCAAGCUGAGAAUCGCCACUCAGUGUUUCCACCGAUUACGAGAUCGGAGUGUCGAGGUACAAGCAAUGAGACGAGAAGCGGACCAGCGAGCGCGAGCUCGUCUCCAUAGAAUUGGCAUCGAGGCCUUCGACAACAUGCGAGUUAAGGCUGCACAGUAUGGAGAGCUCACUUUACAGGCAAGAGCCAUCGAUCAGCAGAAACUUCUCAACUCUGCGCUGGCUGCUCUCGUGAACGAGCAGAUCGAUCUGGCAACUCUCGACCAGCAAGCUCUUUUGUUUCGACAGGAGACGGAUCUUGCUCUCCUCGCCGGCGCCCUCAAGCGCAUGCAAUGGGGAACAUUCACGGCCGCUCGCCGCGUUGAGAGCGCUGAUGCCCUGUGGGCGCGCAAUCGUGAUCAACACAUUAAGCAGAUGCUGCGACACUGGGCAUCGCAAGCCAGUGUACGCAAGAUUGCGAGGCUGAAGCUUCAAGAAGCAGGCGAGAGUCCCAGCUUGCGACCUGCGAGUCGUGCCGCUGCCAGGUCUGCCGAACGACCAAGCUUCCCUAGCUCACCUCCUGCAGCUGCUGCCACGCCGGGCUACAUGCGAACUCCUUCCAAGACGCGAAGACCAGCACGCUUCAAGCCUUUGCCCACCCCAGCGCAUGUGACGCCCUUUGCAUUUGAUCAGUCGUAUCUUGUCACGACCCCUGCACCGUUUGCUGCAGUCAGUCCUGAUGUGGGAAGGGAAAACACAGAAGCAACCGACAUAUUCGAGGGCUUGACUCCGCAAAUCACACCCUUUGCACGAAAAUUGAGGGCUGGUGGAGUCAGUGCCACACCUGCACGGGUACCACCAAGCGCGCUCAGAACCAGCUUAUUCGGAAGAUCGUUGGGUCCAGGUGGGACGGCAAAGAGCGUGCGCUUUGCUGGUUCCAGUCGAUUCGGCACGGGGCUGGGCAGACUCAGCAGUGCUGGGGAGAGUUCGUAGGCGCCAUAGUUGAUUAAAGCAAUGUCUAUG